GGGAGGGAGGGAGGGUCCUGACACAAGUGUGGUGUCCAGUUUGGAGCCGAGGCGACGGAGGCGGUGCGGGGAUUCUGCGGCGCGCGGUGGUCGCAGGGGCGGCGAGGGGCGGAGCCUCCUCUUCCUUCUCCCGGACUGUGAGCCUGAAGGGCGCCAUGAGCGGCAAAGAAGGAACAGGUGGUUUUAGAAAAAGGAAGCACGACAAUUUUCCUCACGGUCAUCGUAGAGAAGAAAAAGAUAAGCUUAAUUCUUCCUCAGCUGUGAUCAUGGCCUUCAAAUCAUUUCAGGUGGAGCUUGACACAAGACACGAUAAAUAUGAGAGGCUUGUGAAACUUAGUCGUGACAUAACUAUUGAAAGCAAAAGGACCAUAUUCUUACUGCAUAGGAUUACUAGUGCUCCCAAUGGAGAAGAAAUACUAAUGGAAUCUGAGGCCAAAUUAGAUACUGUGAGACAGAAGAUAAAGCAAGUAGCACAAGAAUUGAUGGGAGAAGAUAUGUAUCAGUACCACAGAGCCAUCUCUCCAGGUCUUCAAGAAUAUGUGGAAGCUGUUUCUUUCCAGUAUUUUAUCAAAACCCGGUCAUUAGUUAGCAUAGAGGAGAUCAAUAGGCAGCUGGUAUUUACAGAAGAAGAUAAAGAGGAAGAAACAAAGCCAUCUUCUGAUUGUAACAAUAAGCAAGACCACACUUGGAAUCUGAAAGUGACUGCUGUGGAUUACCUCCUGGGAGUGGCUGAUCUUACUGGAGAACUGAUGCGGAUGUGCAUCAACAGUGUUGGUAAUGGUGAUAUAGACACACCAUUUGAGUUGAGCCAGUUUCUGCGGCAUAUUUAUGAUGGCUUUUCCUACAUAGGCAACACUGGACCUUAUGAAGUUUCUAAAAAACUAUAUACAUUGAAACAGAGUCUAGCCAAAGUGGAGAAUGCUUGCUACACACUGAAAGUCAGGGGGUCUGAAAUACCUAAGCAUAUGCUAGCUGAUGUUUUCUCCACCAAAACAGAAAUAAUUGACCAAGAAGAUGGGCUUUCCUAAAACACUUGGAAAUCUCAUGACCCCAAACAGACUAUAGAAUCAGAAUGAGGCAUUUCUUUAAGUGGAAUUUGCUUAUUAGAAGGGCUUUAAGUUUCUUUUAAAUGUGAUGUUGUAGGGCCAGCUACAACUUAGUACUGUGCCCUGUUUCAACCUGUUGGGGUACCUAUAGUGCAUAGUCUGUUCACCAUUACAAUAUUUUUUCUUACCUUUGUUUCUUUUGGCAUUCACUACCUGAACAGUCCAUGUCUGUGAUGGGUUGUGGUGGCUAGAGUGUACAUAUUCAAUUGCAUGGAAUUGAAACGACAUAUUGGGUCAAGAGAAAAAUAUACUUUAUAAAUGCUAACAAACUAAGGAGAUUAUCACACUACACUCUUAAAAUGUUGCUAUUUCACUUUAACUGCUCUGGCUACCUCCUGUUGCAUUCUGGGACUCGUAGUUUAGGAAGGGGCAUUGGGAAUGUGAAGUUGAAGA